AUGGCAGAAGCGUAUCCGAAUCAAGCGUUCAGGUGUCUGCUAUGUUCUCAGAACUACAACCAGCUCAGGGAACUUCCGUGUUUCCACACGUUUUGCUCGACGUGCUUGACGUUAUACAUAAAGGCAGAACAUGUUGCAGGGGAUGAUGACCGGCCUUUCUUUCCUUGUCCUGUCUGUGAUCGCCCGACUGCCCCCAUUACCCCCAAUCCGUUCGUUGAUACCUGGGCUAAAGCUUUUCCGAUAAAUCCCAUCUCUCUUGCUCCCACUGCUGAAAAUGCAGAUGUUCAGGACUGUGCGGCUUGUCUUCGGGACGAGGAAAACAGUCCCGCCGAGGUAUGGUGCACUUAUUGUACUGAGUUUCUGUGUAAACAGUGCAGAGUUUCCCACAAACGGAAUAAAGUAUCAGCAGAACAUAAACUUUUGCCAAUUACGGAUGCCAGAGAUGCUAGUGGAUUCUUCGACAUAUCUAUUAGCGAGAAUUGUCCAACCCAUACUGACAAGAUGUUAGAUGUGUACUGUCUGGAUCAUAGUGAGAUGUGCUGCAGUGUUUGCGUGUCAUUGUUACACAGAACGUGUUCUAACAUAAAAUCUAUGGAAGAGGUGGUCAGAAAAACUAUGCAGUGUUCCCGUGAAACUGAAUGGCAGGAGAUUCGAGAUGAAGCAGAAAAGAUGUUGGAGGACGACGAUGCAGAGAUCGCCAAAAUAAACUCGAAAGAAAAAGAAGUUUCGGCCAAUAUGACAAAACAUGUUAAACACGCCAAAGACCAUCUUGAUGGCAUGCACGCCACCUGUCAGACUGAAUGCAGUAGACAAUUUGAUCUGUUUAGGCAACAACUGGCUUUUCGCAGACAGCAUAAUGAGGCAUUCCAUACAAAAUCCACAAACACAGCCUUAUUGAUGUCUCAUCAACUUGGAUCAGAUAGGCAGAGAUUCAUUACAAGAGAAAAAGCAAAAGGUCAAUUGUCUGGACAUUUCCGCUGUGUGGAUAAAAACACAAAGAAGCAACCGGAAGCUUAUGACAUUACACUCAACAUAGAAACCGUUAUUGGCGACAUCAUGAAACUGACAAGGAAAUAUCGACAUGACAUCGACAAGAUUACCAAGGUCACAGAAUGCUUUUAG